AUGAAAGACAAGAGUCAAAUAGCAUAUCGUCUAGGAUUUCUUUACGCGAAAGUCGAGGGUGAUCCUGGUGAUUUUCGUCCUCCGGCUGUACCAUUAAUCGUCUUCAGUCCUCAUAUAUCGGUUUGGUCAUCUUCGGACAAUCUUACUGCUUCAGAUACUGUUCAUUGGAGUGGUUCACCACUUCCUUUUCACGGUUUAAUCGAUGUCGACAAUUCUGAAGUUUAUCGUUUUCUUGGCACACUCCCAUCAAGUGUUCAACCGAUGGUUCAAAACAAAUUAGUAGUUCAACCGUGGCGUACUAUUUACACUCUUUCAACUCCAACAAAUACAGUAGAAUUAAUCUUAACAUUUAGUCAACCGACAUCCAUUGAAGAUCCAUUCACUUACAUUACAUUCAAUCUUCGCUCAUUAGAUGGUAAAACCCACAGUGUUCGGAUUUAUUUCGAAGAAGGUCCUAUGGUGGGUGUGAACGAUAAAGAUGAAAAAGUCUUCUGGAGUCGAGUCGAUAGCGACAUAACCGUUUUGACCAUGAAUGCAUUUAAUCAGAUUCCAUUCGGUAUUCGGGGCGAUGCAACACGAAAUAAUUGGGGAUAUGCACAUUUAAUCAGCCCACAGAGAAGUUCAUUCAGUGGUUAUCAAGGUUUUGGCGAUGACCUUCGUCAAGCAUUUGCAAAUCAUCAAACAAUGCCCACAGAUGAUACGCGCAAACCACGUCAUGCCAACGACCAAUCACCCGCAUCUGCAUUUAUUAUUAACUUCGAUCAGGUCACCUCGCAAACAGUAUCAAAUUAUUUAAUUUUUCUCUAUGAUGAUCUCUACUCAAUGCUCUAUUUCGAAGAAUGGCAAGUACCUUGUUGGCGUGCGGAAUUUGAUAAUAAUGUAACUUUACUAAUCAACGAAGCGAUAUCCUACUAUCAAUCUAACAUGCAAGAUAUUACCGAUUCGAAUGAGAUGUUAAUAACACUAUUGGGAAAUAUUGGUGGUGAUCACUAUGCAAUACUUGGUUCGCUAGUAACACGACAAAUCACAGGCGCAUUAUCACGAACAUGGUCAGCCAAGCAAAAUCGUUCACAACUGUAUAUGAAGGAGAUUUCAUCGGAUGGUGAUGUUAGUACAGUCGAUGUUAUUUUCCCGUCGUCGCCAUUCUUUCUUUGGCUACAUCCAGAAAUGCUGCGCGAUGUUCUGUUACCAGUACUUGCCUAUGCUAAUAAUGAAACAGAUAUUCAUUAUAAUCUUGCAUGGGCACCUCAUCAUUUAGGUACUUGGUCAGUUUGUGAUAUUCUUUCGGAAGAACAAGAACAAAUGCCUAUGGAGGAAUCAGCUAAUAUGCUAUUAAUGUUGGCUGGUAUUGUUCAAAAAUUGGCAAUAACUGACUUCCUUGCACCCUAUUGGAAUGUUAUGGAAAUCUGGGCUCAAUAUCUCAAUAGUACACUACCUGAUCCGGGAAAUCAGCUUUGCACUGACGAUUUUGAAGGACCAUCACCACACAAUUGUAAUUUAGCGCUGAAAGGUAUCUUAGGCUUAGGUGCUUACUCACUUCUUCUCAACGCUUCUGGUCAAGCUCAGCGUGCAAGUGUCUACAUGGCUCAAGCGCAAGAUCACGCAAACUACUGGUUGAAAGCAGCACGUGAUAACAAUAACUAUCGUCUUCAAUAUAACUUACCCAAUACUUGGUCACAAAAAUACAAUCUUAUUUAUCAAUCAAUUCUAUCAUUAAAUCUAUUUCCGGCAGAUACUGCUAAGCUAGAAUCAAGUUAUUACAUGACAAAAAUGCUUGAUUUUGGUAUUCCGCUUGAUUCGCGUUCGAAUUUAACCAAAGGGGAUUGGACAUCAUGGAUCGCUGCAUUCAAUGAUAAUGAAGGACAAAAGAAUGCCAUCUUUGAUAAAUUAUAUAAAUUCGCAAAUGAAUCACCAGAUCGUGUACCGCUUAGUGAUUUUUACGAUGCAGCAAACGGUCAUGUUCUCGGUUUUCGUGCACGACCAGUGAUGGGCGGCUUAUUUAUCCGAGCUCUACUAGAAAGUCCACUUGCUUGUGAUAUUUAUCGUCAAACCAAAAUACCGACAAAACGACAUGGUCGUGGAAAUCGAUGUUCACCAGCCUAA